AUGGGCGAUUAAAACUCUGUUUUAUCUUAGAGCUUUUACUUGAGACUUUAGCCUGAUCGCAAAAUAUCGAUCAGUAUAAGAUAUAAUAAGAAACCUAAUGGACCCUUUCUGUAGAAAGAUGAGCUAUCUAUGUAUAAAUAAUCUUUUGAUCAAUAAAUUUAGCAAAGGUCUAUGUCUCUGAAUAAAAGCAAUCUUUUAUCAAGAAGAAAUAGUAGUAGUGCAUCAAAGAAAAAUACUUUACAAUAAUUAUUAUUUAAGUAAAUUGAAUAAAAACCUAAAGAAAAUGAAUCUAUAAACAAUUCUAACUAAUAACUCACAACUCCUAGAAAAAAUAUUUUAAAUUUACAAUUUAAAUAAGAAACAAAUUAAUAAAUCAAUUAGAUUUUAAGUAAUAAUAAAUAAAAAAACGCAAUUACUAAAUUUAAGAGCUUUUUAAUUAACAAAUAAAAAAUAUUAAAUAAAACAGAGGUAUAAACAAGUUUUGAUGAUGAAAAUGAUAUUCUAACUUAUGAUUCUCCCCUUAAAAGCAAAAACUAAACUGAAGUAAGUAACGUUAUGUACACAAGUCCUGACGUAAAUUAAAUAACUCCACCAAGAUGCGGCACUGCUUCUAAGCAGGUGAGAAGAAGAUAUUCAAAUCAAUUACUUAAUAGUGUAAUGAAAGAUAAGAAUAGAUCAUACAGCCAUCAAAAUAAAAUAAUUGACUGUAAAUAAAUAUCAAGCUAAUAAUAAGAAAAUACUGCUUCGCCAUAUCAAGACAUCAAAAGUGCUAAUGAUAUUGAUAAAGAAUUUGAAAUAGAAAAUAAUAGUUAAUUCAAAGAAAGUUUAAUCAAUUAAGACUUCAUAUAAUAUUUUAGAUUUUUUAACAAAAAAUUUAUUGAAGAUAAUUUGAAAGUUUCUCUCGAGACUGACAAGAAAAUGCAAGAAUUAAAUUAAAUCGAAAGUACUUGCUCUGCAGAUGUGAUGAUGAGAAUUUAAAUACCUGAAAAAUCUAUAGAAAAUUUAUAGAAAUAUGAAUCUUAAUGGAAAUAGCAUUAUAAAGUAUAAUAUAGAUAUUAAGACUUAACCUAAAGUAAUAAAAAAUUACCAUUUAAUUAAUUUAGCUAAAAAUACAAUUUAUCUUAACUCAUAUAUACUCCAUACGAUUUAUUUAUCCUUAUAGAGGAUAUCUCGGUCCAAUAUACAAAGAGAGCUGUUGAAUUUUUACUGCUGAAUUCUUAUGAGAAUGAUAGAGUGUGCUUAAUUUAUGUUUAAAAUGACGAAAUUUAUAAUACACCAUUGCUUAAUUGCAACUAAUAAAAUAAAAAUUACCUAAAAAAUAUCAUUUAAAAUAUUCAAUGUGGAAAUUUAAAGCAAGAACAUAAAGUGAGCAUAUUUGAAAGAUUAAAGAAUUUAAUAGAAUAAAGGUUUGAAGUAAAUUUUUUAACUCAAGCUAUAUGGUUCACUCAUGGUGUGAGUCUAAAAUAGACAACUUAAAUUACUUAUAAAUACAACCUAAUAGACAAGAAAUACAGAUUUCAAGUUAGUAUAUUUGAAUAUAUCGAUGAUAAUUUGAAGAGUUUUAUCAAUAAAUUAGCUUUUUAAUCAUCAGGUAAUUAUUAUCUCAUUCCAUCACAUUCAAAUUAAAGUGAAUAAAUUCCUUUUGUAGCUGAGACAUUAUGUUAGAUUAAAAAAACAAUUAGCUUUAAAUGUUCUGGAAUGGUAAGGCGCUUAACUGAAUUGGAAUAUGCUCAAUAUAAUUAAAAUUAAAUUAAAAAUGCUAUUCUUCCAAAAAUGCAAAUUAUAUAAAAGUAUGGAGGAUAAAAAGUAUGGAAAGAAGAUACAAUAUUUUAAGGCAACUAGAUAUUAAUACCAUAUUUACAGCAUGACUCUGAUUAUAAAUACUAUAUAAAUUAUUAGUUUUAACUUGAACAGCAAAGAAAAUACAAUUAAAUAGAGGACUAAAAUAUACCUAUUUUGAAGGUUGUGUGCCUAUGCUUUUUAGAUUAAAUAAAGAAUAGCGAUUACAUAUUUAAAUAGAGUUCAUUAGAACUUUAAUUCAAUAUUAAAACUCUAAACAACUAAAUUAGUGAAGAACCUUUGAAAAAUAACCAAGACAACUCUGCUGAUUAAAUUAUUCCAGAAUAAAUUGUAGAGUAAAUUGAAGAAUAAAGUUUUUUUUAAUUAAAAUAUAAUUGCAUAUCUUUACUCUCUUCUUUAACAAAUGUGAAGGAUAUAAGUUACAUAAGAAAUUAAUUAAGCAAAAUUUAAGACUCUUUUUUAAAAAGCUAAGAACAACAUUUGAAAACUGACUAAUAUGAAGUCAGCAAAAUAUUAAGUCUCCUAUCGGAGCUAAAUAUUUUUGCAUAAUAAUCUUCUGUUCAUUAUUGCAAUAUUAUGAUUGAAAGUGUUGUUUAUUCUCUACUCAGAUCAAAGAAUCCUUAUUUUUAAUAAUAAUGA